UCAAUGGUGCAGAGGCUUUUAGCUGUGUGAGACAAUCUGCCUGCGGGUCGCCGCUGACUACUAGACGCUCUAUUUUUAUUUUUCUAAAGAACCUAUUCACUUGCACGGAGAGGUGAUGACAUUCGUUUCGUUCACCUAAGAACGACGUACUGUUACUAAUAGACUGUUUAACACGCACUUGGGAUCGUUUAAAUUGAAUGAACUUGGCAUUUCCACCCAAGAAAUCAAAUCAAUGGAAUGAAUAUGGGAGCUGCACUUCUGCACACCUUUGAGCAGCAGUAUGAUGCAGGCAGGAGUCUGUCUGAGACAGGACACUGAGACAACACUACCAGAGCUCACUGAGCAGCACAGGAUCAGACUGAAAGAAGAGGAACUCAGUGGACUGGAGUCUGUCCACAUGGCAGAGUCAGAGACUGAGUGUACUACACCAGGACUCAACACACUGGAGCCAGAGUGUGUUACAGCACACAGUGGGGUCAGUGCUGUACACCACACUGACUCACCAUUGAUAAAAACAGAACCUGAUCUGGGUCCCACCAACACUGGGGAUCUUAUUAAGACAGAGAGCCUAGACUUUACAGAGCUGGGAUAUGUAACCCAUCUGCAUCCUGACCAAAUCAAAACAGAGACUGAUGAUGAAGGCUACAUUAAGGCCGAACACAUCAGUGUCCUGCAGGACAUUAAAUGUGAUGACAUUAAAUCUGAUGAAGUGAAGUGUGAAUCCAGUGAAAUGGUAGUGAGUGAUCUCAUGAACACUGUGCUUAAUGGAGCUGGUGUUGUUCACAAAGACCAGACUGAACCAUGGCAGUGUGCAGGAGAGUCAAAUCCACACUGCAGGAAACCAGGGAAAGAACAGGACCGUUCCACCCAGCAUGCGAGAUGCCUUAAUGAGCCAUCAGAGUUAAUCCAAGACAAGGGAAACCAUACCGGUGAAAAGCCCCACCAAUGCUCUCAGUGUGGGAAGCGUUUCCUUCAGAAAUCUUAUUUAAACAAACAUCAGAGAAUUCAUACAGGUGAAAAGCCUUACAAAUGUGAUCAGUGUGGGAAGUGUUCCUUCACGAAAACUGAUUUAACCAAACAUCAGAGAAUUCAUACUGGUGAAAAACCUUACAAAUGUGAUCAGUGUGGCAAGUGUUUUUCAGCAAAAUCUGGUUUGAGCAAACAUCAGAGAAUUCAUGCUGGUGAAAAGCCCUUCAAAUGUACUCAGUGUGGGAAGUGUUUUCUUCAGAAAUGUCAAUUCAUUACCCACCAGAGAAUUCAUAUAGGUGAAAAGCCUUACAAUUGUACUCAGUGUGGUAAGUGUUUUGUUCAAAAAAAUCAUUUAAUUGUCCAUCAGAGAAUUCAUACGGGUGAAAAGCCCUACACAUGUACUCAGUGUGGGAAGUGUUUUCUUCAGAAAUGUCAAUUCAUUACUCACCAGAGAAUUCAUAUGGGUGAAAAGCCAUACAAAUGUACUCCGUGUGAAAAGUCUUUUACGAAUUCAUCUGCUUUCAACGUGCACCUGAGAAUUCAUACAAGGGAAAAGCCCUACAAAUGUACUCAGUGUGGGAAGUGUUUUGUUCAAAAAUCUAGUUUAACUGUCCAUCAGAGAAUUCAUACAGGUGAAAAACCCUAUAUAUGUACUCAAUGUGGGAAGUGUUUUCUUCAGAUAUCUCAUUUAAAUAAGCAUCAGAAAAUUCAUACAGGUGAAAAGCCCUACAAAUGUGAUCAGUGUGAGAAGUGUUUUCUUCAGAAAUCUCAUUUAAAUAAGCAUCAGAGAAUUCAUACAGGUGACAAGCCCUACACAUGUGAUCAGUGUGGAAAGUGUUUUUUAAGGAACGGUGAUUUAAACAUCCAUCACAUAAUUCAUACAGGUGAAAAGCCUUACACAUGUACUCAGUGUGGGAAGUGUUUUGUUUGUAAAUCUAAUUUAAGGAGGCACCAGAAAAUUAAAACGGGUAAAAACACCUACAGGUGUUCACUGUGAGAAGGGUUUUAAUAAGAAAUUGUAUUUAUAUAGACAUGAGAAAAUUCAGACAGGUGAAAAGCCCUACAAAUGUGAUCAGUGUGAGAAGUGUUUUCUUCAGAAAUCUCAUUUAAAUAAGCAUCAGAGAAU